AUGAGACAAUUAUCAAAUUGGCAAUUUCAAUUGCCAUCUUUUCAAAACUUUAGCCAUAUCACCAAUGCUGACAACUUCUACCCACAAACAACUCCACCAUUGUUUUACAACUACAAGGAUGAUAUUCCGAUGCAAAUAGUUUUGGAUAAAUGGUACGAUUCCGACCCACAUUGUAACGGAGGACAUCAAAUACACCUGGAUUUAUUAUAUAAUAAAUUAAUUGUUGAUCCCUUUUCAAACGAUUUUGCAGAAGGAAUGCAAUGGAUUGGUAAAGUGCAGUGGGUAUACCGAUGUCGAUUUAAUAUAUCAGAUAUCAGCACAAUUGGAUCCGCAAUGGGUACUACUGUUGGUUCCACAAUGACUGCAACAACACAAAUUCAAAAUUCUUUAGGUACUGUUGAUGAUGACACUUUCACACAGAAUGCAACCUUGAUUUUUGAAGGGUUGGACACAAUAGCACAUGUGACCCUUAACAAUGAAUCCAUUCUUGAUUCUCACAAUGCAUUUCACAAUCACAUUGUUCCCGUCAACCUACUGCAAGCAAAUGAAUUGAUUAUUCAUUUCGAAAGUAGUUGGAGUUAUGGAAAGGAAAUGGAAAAUAGACAUGGUAAAAUCCCAGAGGAUCAUUGUUGGAACGGGGAUUGUAGUCGAUUGUAUGUGAGAAAACCGCAAUACCAGUAUGGUUGGGAUUGGGGACCAAAAUUAUUAACGUGCGGGCCAUGGAAACCAGUGAAGUUGGUUGUAGAAGAAUAUCUUAUUGAAAAUAGUAUUGAAGAUCUUAUUCCAGCCUUUAUUGAAGAUUUUUUUGUAAACUACGAGUUGAUUGACAAUGAUGCUAAAGUUUGGUUCCUUUUGAGAUGGUUACAACCUACAAAGAGGAAAGUGACAACAACAAACAUUGCAGCAAAAAUAAUAGUGAAAUUAGAGCAUGAUGUGGUUCUAAAUAAAGUCUUGUCAAUUGAAGAAUUUGACAAUACUUUUGGUUCCAACAAAGCAAAUAGAAAUAAAUCUGCAACAGUAUUUACGUUACAAAAUGUAAAGUUGUGGUAUCCUUAUAAAUUGGGGAAACCUACAUUAUACACUAUUCAACUAUAUUUCAAUGACAAGUUGGUGUCAACGCAACAAGUUGGAUUUCGAAAAGUAGAAUUGAUUCAAAAGCCAGACACGUAUGGUGAAUCAUUUUAUUUCAAAAUUAAUAAUAUUCCGGUACAAAUGCUUGGUUCGAAUUGGAUACCCCCUCACUACUUUCAUAACAAGGUCAACUUAACUACAUAUGAAAAUUUACUCGAGUUGGUUGUAAAGUCGAAUCAAAACAUGAUUAGGGUAUGGGGAGGUGGCCAAUAUGAAAACAACGAGUUUUAUGCAAAGUGUGAUGAGAUGGGUAUAAUGGUGUGGCAGGAUUUCAUGUUUGCUUGUGGUGUUUAUCCUAAUAAUCCGUUCUUUCUUGAACUGGUGCAGAAGGAAGUUGAAGACCAAUUGAUUAAAUUGCAUCAUUUUGCAAGUAUAGUUAUCUUUGCUGGAAACAAUGAAGAUUACCAAAUUGCAGAUGCGUUACAGCUAGAUAUCCAUAAUUCAACUCAAUUUCCUGCCGGAGUGAUUUAUGAAACAUUGAUUCCAGAUUUGGUGAAAGAGUUCUGCAACCAAGUUGUAUAUAGGUUUGGGUCACCUUACUCAGACACAAAUCACAGUUCAUAUGAUUUAUCUAUUGGUGAUUCCCACCAAUGGGAAGUGUGGCACGGUUCCCGCAAGCCUUAUCAAAAUUGGCCGGAAUUGGCUGCAAGGUUUAUCAGUGAAUUUGGAAUGUUGGCAUUUCCCUCGGAAGGUUUAUUAGCAAAAUAUAUAUCUUUUAAAGAGCUCUAUUUGAAUCUGACUAUAUUGCAGUAUCACAAUAAAGCAAUGAAUGGUGCAGUUAAUUUAGAGCAUUACGUGUUGUCAAAUUUUGAUAAACCUACUGAUUUGAAGUUAUCAAAAUGGAUUUAUUUAACGCAAUUGGUGCAAAUGGAAGCCACAAGUCAAGCUUUCCGAUAUUGGAGACGCAAAUGGCAAGAUUAUGAAGUUGGUGGGGUUUUGGUUUGGCAAUUAAAUGACUGUUGGCCAGCUAUAUCGUGGUCAAUUAUUGAUUUUCUAGGAGUGCCGAAAUUGAGUUACUAUGGUCUUAAAAGAGAACUAGCCGAUUCCGCAAUUUCUGCAUAUCGACAUCAAAGCAACUCCAAGACAAUUUCGAAAGAGGCCCAAAGUGAAGAGAAACGCCAAAUUGUUUUAAAAAAUAAUAAAGCAUUUUACAAAGUAGAAACAACUUUAUUGGAUGUGUGGGCUUUUGUUUGUGAUGACUCAGAUUUAACAUUGGAAAUCCAAGCUUUUGAUGCAAAUAGUGGUGAUCAUGUCUUGACAUAUAGGAAAUCCAACUUAAGCUUGGUUCCCCAUUCGGUUAAUGAGCUUUUGGUGGAUCAACGUUUUGAUUGGUUGGGAAAAGAUAAUAAGAUACUUUGUUUACGAUUAAUUGAUAAUCAUGGCGAGGUAAUUGCUAGGUCAAGCGAUUGGCCACAACCUCUCAAACUAUUAAAAUUUACUAAACUUGGCAAAGGUUUAGAGAUUUCUAUUCUUGAAGUGAGCCAAGAUGAGGGAUCAAGGAAUGGUGAAAAUUGUCAGGUUGAUAUACAGUUGACGACAAAUAAACCAGUUAAAGGUUUAGAACUAUAUAUCGAAGGACACAAUCAGUGCAUAUGCGAUGAAAAUGGAAUUGAUUUGUUUCCCAAUGACCCUCAAAUUGUUAGUAUCAAUGGUCUUUGUGAAGAAGAUGUACAUAAAGUGAAAUACAGACACUUGGGUGACUUGUAA